AAUUGCUGUGUCAGAUUUGAAUUUCGUUUCGAGAAUAGAUAGGGAUACUUAUUUUCGAUUAGCAAAAUGGCCGCUCUGUUGCGAAAAUCUGUCCCCAGUUAUACAAAAUCAAAACACUGCAUCAUGAGCUCUAAUUUUCAUCGAUGUUUCCAAUAUUUUACUUCUUCUUACUCAUUCUACCCAAAACUGAGAUGUGGCAGUCAUCAUAUAUUUUCUCAAACGUCAGUUUCCAGCAGGCCUAUGUCAAUGCUGAGUGUCGGGCGAGCGUUGCAUCAGCUUGAAAGUCUACCGGCUUCAAGUUCAAGGAAAACAUUGCACACUUUAACUCGACAAAAAGGCAACAGUGGGACCGGAUCGUUCCCUUCACUUUUCCACAAAUGCAGAUAUUCAUUGAAGCCAUUUUCAUCUCCAGUCUACAGAAACCAAGCGUGUGCAAAUGCACUCUUACAGAGAUGUGGAUGUUUAGUGAACAAGUCCCCCUGUCUGCCCCAACAGAAGAUAACCCAUGUUCAAUCAGGGGGUAGAAUCUCAGUAUCAGGCAUUCGAUCAAUUUCCACAUCUGCAUUUUGUCUAAGCAGUCAAAAAAAUGAUGGUGAAGGAGAUGACAAUGCAGCAAAGAGUGAUUCUUCAUACCCUCCUACGGCAGAAGAUGCGGAGGAAAUUGUCAGCAAUUUUAAUCCUAUAGGUGCUUUGACGACAACGUCUGUUCCAGAGUUUUUGCCCGUCGUCCCCGUAAUUGCCAUCAGCAGAAAUCCUGUCUUUCCAAGAUUUGUCAAGAUGAUCGAGGUUACCCAUCCAGCUCUGAUGGAAGUUAUCAGACGAAAAGUCAAACUGAAUAUGCCAUAUGCAGGAGUCUUUCUCAAGAAAGAAGAAAGUAAUGAGUCUGAUGUUGUAGAUCGACUGGAUGAUGUUUAUGAAGUUGGGACAUUUGUUCACAUCACAGAAAUGCAUGAUCUCGGGGACAGAUUGCGCAUGAUUGUCAUGGCACAUAGAAGGAUCAAAAUAACUGAUUUAGCAGUAGAAGAGGACUCCCCUCUGCUCUCAAGUACAGCCCCUGAUAAAGCAAAGCGACGGAGCCGGCGCAGAAAUGACAAGAAGGAGGCUGACGAAAAACCCCCAGAAGAGGCUGGUGCAGCAGCAGCGAGCGAGCAGCCUGACCCUCCGCCACCGUCGACUUUCUCCAUUGGGAACAUUUUCGGCGCUGUCCAGGAAGUUUCUGCGGCCGAAGGGGCGUCGCCGGCUCCUUCGUCUCCUCACGUACUGCUGGUGAAGACGGAGAAUAUUGUACACGAACCGUUUGAGAACAAUGAUGAAAUUAAGGGAAAACCUGGCACAGAUCAUCCAAGCUGGCCAGAGAGUGAUCGACAAUCCAGUUUAUAUCAGCGAUCUUGGUGCUGCACUUACAGCUGGUGAGCCUCAUGAGCUGCAGGAAGUGCUGGAAGAGAUCAACAUCUCGAAAAGGCUGAUGCUGGCUCUGUCUCUCUUGAAGAAAGAGUUUGAGCUUAGCAAACUGCAGCAACGCAUCGGGAAAGAGGUGGAGGAGAAGGUGAAGAAACAGCACAGGGAAUACAUUCUCAAAGAGCAGCUCAAAAUUAUCAAGAAAGAGCUGGGCCUUGAGAAGGACGACAAAGACGCCAUUGAAGAAAAGUUUCGAUCCAGACUCCAGGACCUUGUGGUGCCCCAGCAUGUUAUGGAGGUGAUUGACGAAGAGCUGGGGAAACUUUCCUUCUUGGACAACCAUUCCUCCGAGUUCAAUGUGACUCGCAACUACUUAGACUGGCUGACCGGGCUGCCGUGGGGGAAGUACAGCGAUGAGACUCUGGUGCUAGACAGAGCUCAGACCAUACUGGACGAAGACCAUUACGGCAUGGAGGACGUCAAGAAGAGAAUUCUGGAGUUCAUUGCUGUCAGUCAACUGAAGGGACACACCCAGGGCAAGAUACUGUGCUUCUAUGGGCCUCCUGGAGUGGGAAAAACUAGCAUUGCCAAGUCCAUAGCAAGAGCUCUCAACAGGAAAUAUUUCAGAUUCAGUGUUGGUGGAAUGACUGAUGUGGCAGAAAUCAAAGGACAUAGACGUACGUAUGUCGGUGCUAUGCCUGGGAAGAUGAUUCAGUGCUUGAAGAAGACCAAGACAGAGAAUCCACUGGUGCUGAUAGAUGAAGUGGACAAGAUGGGCAGAGGUUACCAGGGCGACCCGUCCUCUGCCUUGUUGGAGCUUCUUGACCCGGAGCAGAAUCACAACUUCUUGGACCAUUACCUUGAUGUGACUGUUGACCUCAGCAAGGUUCUCUUUAUCUGCACGGCCAAUGUGCUCGACACUAUUCCUGAGCCUCUCAGGGACAGAAUGGAGAUGAUUGACGUGUCCGGCUAUGUCGCGGAGGAGAAGCUGAACAUUGCCAAGCAAUACCUUGUUCCUCAAGCUCUAGAGCACUCAGGUGUUUCCAAGGAUGCCAUGAAAAUCACCGACGAAGCAAUGAACACGCUGAUCAAGGCCUACUGUAGGGAGAGUGGUGUGCGCAACCUACAGAAACAUAUUGAGAAGAUCUACCGCAAGGCUGCUCUGAAGAUAGUGAAAGAUUCAGUGAGUGACAUCAAUAUAGACCUGGACAACCUUCAGGAAUUUGUUGGAAAGCCUAUUUUUACUCACGACAGAAUGUAUGACCAGACGCCACCUGGAGUUGUCACUGGUCUAGCCUGGACGUCCAUGGGUGGCUCCACUCUGUUCAUCGAGACGGCCAUCAAGAAAAAACUGGACCCAUCAAGCUCGGACAACGGCUCCCUGGAGCUCACAGGCAACCUGGGCACUGUGAUGAAGGAGAGCGCACAGCUGGCCUACACCUUUGCCAAAGCGUUUUCUACACGGAAGUUUCCGGACGACUUGUUCAUGCAGAAAGCCCAGCUGCACUUGCAUGUUCCUGAGGGAGCCACUCCAAAGGACGGGCCUAGUGCUGGGUGCACCAUUACCACAGCACUACUCUCCCUGAUGUUGGAUAAACCCGUGCGUCAAAACCUGGCCAUGACAGGAGAAGUGUCGCUGACGGGGAAGGUGCUUCCUGUCGGAGGAAUCAAAGAGAAGACAAUCGCUGCUAAGCGUGUAGGUGUGGAUUGCAUCAUCCUGCCGGAGGGCAACAGGAAGGACUACUCCGAUCUCCCGCCUUUCAUCACCGACGGCCUUGAGGUCCACUUUGUGGAGACUUACGACCAAGUGUUUCAGCUGGCUUUCCCUGACUCCUAGUGUGGAUGGUGGCUUCAUCGUCUUCAUCAUCAUCAUCAUCAUCACAUGACUCGUAUCAUCCGGAGUAUUGGUUUCUGUGUUGUUCUGGUCUCGCGGGAACCUUCAGAACAACUCCGUUCAGUUGUCGUUUUUUUAUAACCCUAUGUGUAAUUUAUUUCCUCCUGGAGCAGGGGCAGUCGAUCUUGCGAAUCAAGGAGAUCAUAAUACUUAUGGGCAUUUGGGCUAUCCUGGAAGUCUCAGAUCGCAUUUAUGGGCAUUUGAGCUAUCGUGGAAGUCUCAGAUGGUAUUUAUGGGCAUUUGAGCUAUCAUGGAAGUCUCAGAUGGUAUUUAUGGGCAUUUGAGCUAUCAUGGAAGUCUCAGAUGGUAUUUAUGGGCAUUUGAGCUAUCAUGGAAGUCUCAGAUCGCAUUUAUGGGCAUUUGAGCUAUCAUGGAAGUCUCAGAUCGCAUUUACGGGCAUUUGAGCUAUCAUGGAAGUCUCACUGAUAUUCACCAGGUUUCAUUGUGGGAGAAGAGCAUUUUUCCUCUUAUGCUGUGUUUAUUUGGUCAAUAUUGGCAAGUAGAUUGUCUCCAAAUUUGUUUUUUCUCUCGUGUUCAACAGUGACAUGCAACAGUCUAGCACACACGUAGCAAACAAGCACAUAGCAAAAAUGCGUUCUUAUGUAUAGCCUGAGAUUCAUACAUAGCAAAAUUUGCUCAUAAUGAAAAUAUUUCCACAUCCAGCUGUUUUUGUUAAGUGAGUUCUAGACUGUAUCAUGUUACAGCUAAUACUGCUGGGCAUUUGUUUGUGAUACUGGCCAAGUGUUGGAUCAAGGGUGGAGUCGUAGAUACAGGGGUAUUUUUUACUGCUUGGGUUACGCGUGUCUGAUGACACUCAAAGACACAUGUCUGUCUGAUAACUCUCAAAGACACAUGCCUGUCUGAUAACUCUCAAAGACACAUGCCUGUCUGAUAACUCUCAAAGACACAUGCCUCUGAGGAUGUGUUGCUUUGCACUGAUAUGAGCACUGCUCUUUCUCCUUUAGCAUAAGAAUGGUUUCUACGGCUAGUAUUUAACUGCCAAAAUUAACGAAUAAACACUGUAUUUUCUCAUAUUGUCUAGCUAGUUUUGUUCUUCAAAGUAAACCAAUGUUUCAUUAUUAACUCGUUCCUGCAUUUAUUCUGUUUUCUCAUAUUUGUAAAAAUAAAAAAUAACAAGUGCAGUCCUAAUCAGA